UCUUACGCAAAUUUAACUGAAUUGUCUCCCGUUCACUUCAGUCCACCCACUUUACCGUACCAACCCAGUUAAACAUAACAUCUAGCAUGCUGUUUUUCAAAAAAGCUUGCCUCAAUUCUACUAAAUGUAAAAUUUCCUUUUCAUCAGCAGUCUAAAUAGUUGAGCGCUUGACCAAUAGCCAACUUAAGAUGCAGUUUAGGUACUAGAAGUCAUUGCAGUGCGUAACUUUGAGUCAGGACAGCGCCCAAAAUAGAACAAAAAAUCAGGACGAACAACAAACAACUGAAACAAAGUUAAUUAUAUAGUUAUGUAUAAGGUAGAUAGAAAACCGUUGAACACAAAUCAUCCGCUAAUUACUGCGCCGAAACGCCGAUCACCGGUGACGGUGACCGGAACGGUCUGUAGGUUAUACAAUUUUAAUUAAGUACUUGUGAGAUAAUAUGAUGACAACCUAAAUAUUCAAAUUAUAUUUCAUGCAUACCCAUACAUUUAAACUAGGUUUUGUACUUGUUACCAAUUCAUACGUUAGCACUGUUAUAUAAUAAGUGAAGCCCUUUAGGGCUUCUGUUUUUAUUAGUCCCUAGAUCGAAAAACCCUAAAGUUGAUCCUAUACCGGGACGUUGGGCGCUGCUGUGCCAUAUUUUUGUUCGGUUGGCCAUUCAACACAUCCUUGUCCGGUGCUUUGUCCUGUUCUGAAAUCAAUAAAUCAUAAAACGCCCUUUUGAUUUAUGGCUGCUGCGAGUCGUGUAACGUCCAAUCAUUGCUCCGCGGAUUUGGCAGGAACCGAGUAUCUUCUUAUCCCCAAAUUAUUAAAUUGUUAAACUUCUCGAUUAAUUAACUUCGUGGAGAUGCCUAAACCUGGAAAAAAGCGUGCUCAAAAGAAAGCUGGUAAGGGCACUGAUAAUGCUGGUCCAUCUUCACCCAGACCUGAAGACCCGAUAUCUCCUACUUCUCCACAAUCCCCCCAAUCCCCACAAUCUCCAACAUCCCCAAUAGCCUGUGGUCCUCGCACUGUCCAAGGUAGCAAAUCAAUCCCUAAACAAUCCACUAGUAGAGCACAACCAGUCUCCUCUUCCCCACAAUCCCCAAUAUCCCCAACAUCCCCAGCGCCCGGUGGCUCUUACGCUGCACAAGAAAGCAAGGCAGCAGCAGCCAAACACACUGUUGAAAUACAAAGACAAUUGCAAAGAAUGGAUUUGGAUAAACCGUCCUCGUCACAGUCCAAUGUUUCGAGAAAACCGGGCCCCUCAUCAUCAGGGCGAGGACGCGGGACGCGCAUGGAAUCUGAACAAGCGCUCGCACUGCGAACGCGGCCAAGUACAUUAUUAUCGAAAAAAGGUAACAGUGGCACCCCGGUUAAUUUGUUAGCAAAUUACUUUGCCGUUGAAACAACGCCUCACUUUCGAAUGUAUCAGUACCACGUGGACUUUUCACCUGAUGAAGACAAUACUUUCGUCCGUAAAAGUCUCGUACGCAUCCACCAGAGAGUUUUAGGCUGGCACGUGUUCGAUGGGUCGGUGAUAUAUAGUAUGACCCGAUUGCACCCCGAUCCGAUCCAGUUUUACUCUGAUAGAAAAUCUGACAAGCAAAAGAUGGUCAUUACGGUGAAGUUGAUAGGUGACGUCGCUCCUGGUGAUUAUCAUUAUAUUCAGAUAUUUAAUCUGAUACUAAGGAAAUGCUUUUCGGCAAUGCGCCUGCAAUUAAUGGGCCGCGACUAUUUUGACCCAACAGCAAAGAUCGAUAUUCCUGAAUUUCGCUUGCAAAUUUGGCCCGGAUAUAAAACCACAAUUAACCAACACGAAGACAAAUUAUUGAUGGUCGCUGUUAUUACUCACAAAGUUCUUCGGUUGGACACCGUACUCCAAAUGCUAAGAACUUAUACUUCGACAAAAGGUGCAGCAUAUAAAAAAUGUUUUCUGGAAGACAUUGUGGGGAAAAUUGUUAUGACUACGUACAACCGUAAAACGUACAAAGUAGAUGAUGUGUCAUGGCACGCGACACCUAAAUCCACAUUCAACUUGAGAAAUGAAAAAAUUUCUUAUAUAGACUACUAUAAAAAGAAAUAUGAAAUUACCAUCCGUGACGUCGACCAGCCUUUACUUAUAUCCAGAUCAAAGCCACGUGACAUCCGCGCUGGGAUGCCUGAACUGGUGUAUCUAGUGCCCGAACUGUGCCGGCAGACAGGAUUGACAGACCAAAUGCGUAACGACUUUAAAUUGAUGAAGGCCCUUGAUGCACACACUAAAAUCGGCCCUGACGUCCGUGUUAACAAAUUGCUACAAUUUAACAGAAACUUGACCCAAAAUCCACAAGUUAUAAAGGAGCUGAAUACCUCUCACCUAACCUUUGCUAAACAACUGAUGAAGGUUAAAGGACGUCAAUUACCCACUGAAAAUAUUAUUCAAGGAAAUGACUGCCGUUAUCCAGCAGGUGAUACACCUGAAGGAUGGACGCGAGAAAUUCGAUCAAAACCCUUGCUGCGUAUUAGCCAACUUUCAUCAUGGGUAGUGAUAACUCCUGACAAGGUUCGUCGUGAAACUGAAGCUUUUCUAGAUAUGGUAUUAAAGGCGGCGAGAGAUGUAAAAUUCAUGCUAUCCAGACCUGAAAUCGUAACAAUACAGUACGACGGCGCAAUAGAUUACGCUCGAACAUUGGAUACCGUUAUAGCCCGCAGAAACCCUACGUUGAUUUUCUGCACGCUCAUGCGUAAGUUAACGGAUCGUUACGAAGCUAUUAAAAAGAAGUGUCUAGUUGACCGUGCCAUCCCUACUCAAGUUGUGACCGCGCGGAACAUGACAUCCAACUCCGCUAUGUCAGUUGCCGCUAAGGUGGCCCUGCAAAUGAACUGCAAGCUCGGGGGCGCGCCGUGGAGAGUAGAGAUCCCCCUACAAAACAUUUUAGUCGUGGGUUAUGACGUCUGUCAUGACACCAAAAGCAAGCAAAAAAGUUUCGGUGGAUAUAUUGCUUCGUUAGAUAGAUAUAUGACGCGCUACUACUCCGCUGUCAACUCGCACACAUCUGGCGAAGAAUUAAGCAAUCACAUGGGCUUCAAUACAGCCACAGCCGUAAAAAAAUAUAGAGAUGUAAACGGCAUGUUGCCGCAAAGGAUUUUUAUAUAUCGCGAUGGCGUGGGUGAUGGACAAAUUCCUUAUGUAAACACACACGAGGUGGCUGAAAUAGAGAAGGCACUUCGUAUGUUGUAUGGCUCGGAUGACUAUAAAAUGUCGUUCACAAUUGUGUCAAAGAGGAUAAACACACGCAUUUUCCUAGAACAAGGAGGCAAAUGCGUAAACCCACGACCAGGGACUGUGGUUGACGACGUUGUUACUCUACCCGAGCGAUACGACUUCUUUUUGAUUUCACAAAAUGUGCGAGAUGGAACCAUAACUCCUACAUCGUAUAACGUAAUUGCGGAUACAACAGGACUGCAUCCUGACAGGAUGCAAUGGUUGACGUACAAGAUGACCCACAUGUACUAUAACUGCUCCGCACAAGUCCGUGUCCCAGCCGUGUGCCAGUACGCGCAUAAGCUGGCGUUCUUGGCAGCAAACAGUCUCCACUGCCCGCCACACAACUCACUUACAGAUACCCUGUAUUUCCUAUAAAUCAUGACUACUUCACUGGUCAAAGUAAUCGCCAAUUAGGGUUUAAUGAAAUUCCACCCAAAAACCCUUGAAAAUUUCAUCUUAUUUCUUAAUUUUACUUAUAGAGAUUAGGGCGACAAAGUGAUUAGGUAUGAAUUAGGUUAUUUACACAUUGGUACUGAAAGCAUCGUUGUUAUCGUUUACGAAAGGUUAUGUUCAAAUUUUUAAAUUUAUCACCGUCUACGCUCAAUUUGAGGUCGUUGGCAAAAAAUUGUGAUUAAUAAUUUUUAUGUAAGUCCAUAUCCAGAAUGACCUACAAUCUAAGUCUUAGAUAAUUAAUCAUGUGAUUAAAAUUAAGAAGACUUGUGACAAAUAAUAAAUAUCUACUUAUGACGUGUUUUUAUGUUUUAUGGUAAGUAAAAAUG